AUGAAUUCGAUAAAGUUGAUCAAAUCACUGAUAGGUCAAGUGGCCACUGCCAGUCGACCGCUCACCUCCCCGGAAGUGCAGCUGCUGAGGAGAAACUACUCUGCGGCGGCGUACACGACCCGCUACGCCGACUACGACCACAUUCAGGUGACCGCCCCUCAUGACCACGUUCUGCACGUGGAGCUCAACCGACCGGAGAAGCGGAACGCCCUGAACCGAGACAUGUUCCGGGAGAUCCACGCCUGCUUCCAGGAGAUUGCCAAUGACAAGCAGUGUCGGGCGGUGGUCAUCAGCGGCUCGGGCAGCAUGUUCUCCGCCGGCAUCGACUACACCGACAUGAUGGAGAUGAUGACCAGCGUGGUGAGCAGUGACCAGCCGCAGAGGGAUGACAUUGCAGCACGGGCCAAGUUCAUCCGCCACAUGAUCGUCCUGCUGCAGAAUAGCUUCUCGUCGAUCGCCAAGUGCCACAAACCGACCAUAGCCGCAGUGCACUCGGGCUGCAUCGGCGCCGGCGUCGACCUGAUCACAGCUGCCGACAUUCGCUACGCCUCCAGUGACGCCUACUUUAGCAUUCGAGAGGUGUCCAUUGGCAUGGCCGCCGACCUGGGCACGCUCCAGAGAUUGCCCAAAAUUGUGGGCAAUGAUAGUCUGGUUCGGGAGCUCGCCUUCACUGGACGGGAUCUGGGCGCCAAAGAGGCCAAGGAGUUCGGUCUGAUCAGCGGCGUCUUUGGCAGCUCUGAGAACACCAUCGAGGGAGCAAUUGAUCUGGCGAGGUCGAUUGCCUCCAGGUCACCGGUUGCAGUCCAGGGCACGAAGGUGUCACUCAACUACUCACGCGACCACUCUGAAAAGGACGGCCUCGAGUUUAUGCAAAUCUGGAAUAUGUGCAUGCUUCAGUCUGAGGACUUGAUCAAGGCGACCACCUCUGUGGCGACCAAACAAGAAGCACCCGAGUUUGCUGACCUGUAG